AUGGGCAGAGAUGGACCAGGUGGUCGGGAGGUUCCUCGAAGAGGAGAGGGGGUUACAGGCGGGAGGGCGGGCACGCAGGGGUAUGGGGCUCCUGGUACGCUAUUUGGUCAUUCCUUUCGAACUGCCUUUUCUUCAUUCAAAAGCAAGCAACGGAAUCAACACAAACCCCACCAAACAACGGAGCUCGAUCCUGCCGGGGCCGUAGAAGCGGACGGCGCUGAUCCUACGCACAAUCGGCCCGCGUCAGCCCUCAAUAUCAGGUACAUCGGCGGCCCUCAAAGACGCAGUGUGCAGGACGCCGACGACUUCUUUGAAAUUCCUGUGUGCGAGGGGCGUAGAACGUCGGAGACUCAGGCGCAACGAGCGCCCGCUCCCGAUUCCCUUACAACGUCCCCCCUGUCAGUGAGGGCCUUUUACGCAGGGGCCUCCUUAAUCGCCUUGCAUCCUUCACCGCGGCACAAGGAUGAGGGGGCCUUUUCAAGACUCCUUCCAGCAGCCUCGUCCCCUCAAGCGGCGAGCCCAGGGGGUUGCGCCGCUGGAGACUGUUCCGACGGCGAGGAGUCGCCUCCAGGAGGCCUCGCCUCUGCGGCUGACCUGCUGCAGCGAGCGGCAGCAGAGGCGCUGCUGCUGCAGCAGCUCUUGCUGCUGCUGCUGCGAGUGGUGAGGGGCCUCACUGUAGCUCUAGGGAGGCAGGCUGCUGCUGCGGGUUACCACGCCUUGGCGCUCAAAGCUGAGCAGUUGCAGCUGCGGCAGCGCUGGAUCGCUGGGAUCUCAGACGACAGCAUUCUCACCAGCAAGAGCAAGAGCACCACCAACCCCACAGGAGCCACUGAAAGGGCUGCUGGCAUUGCUGUUGUCGGCUGUGUCUUGAGGGCCCUCGCCACUCGCCUGGAUGAGUCGUGGCCUCUUAGAGACCUUUUAAGGCCUCCUUUGAAGGAUGUCGCUUCCCCGAGGGGCCCCCCUUUCGCAGAAUCUCCCAAAGCCUUCGCGGAUGCACUGAAGGGGUACCUAGGCAAGGCUGCUUUGGGCAGCCAUAAGGGAGCACACGGAGAAAGCCGCAUCAAAGACUUCCUGACGAUGGAGGCAAGGGGUGGCAUGUGCGAUCAACGACUCGCCGAGGGAGACUUCGCACACAGCGAGCGCCUCCCUUUCCCUUAUCGUCUGAGGCUGUGGACUCUAGACCUCGUGUACGCCGUGCGACACUUAUGCACGCACUUCUCUCGCGACCAUUCGCCCACGAGAUCAUGUGAUUCUUCAGGGGGCCCCGGGGGGCCCCCCUCGACCAAGCAGGGAGGCCCGCGGGAGCGAGCAGGGCCUCCCCCCGGGGAUCGGCUGCGGGGGACUGCUGCGUGGUUGUUGAGCAGCGAAGCCAUGGAGGCCCUAGGGGGGGCCCCCCUCUGGUUGUUCGGGUUGCCGGCGACUUCGGAGUCUGCACUUUUCAAGGAGGAAGCAGCUUCAAGACGCAGUGAUGGUUGGGUAACAGUGGCGGAGGCUCUCCAAGCCGCAGCUGUGCGUGCCUUCGCCGCCGGAGGAGGGCCGUUUCCCCCACCAAUGGAGGAUCCCCUUCUAACGCGUGCUUCCGCGGAGAGCGACGGGUCAGCUCUCUAUUGGGCCUUGUAUCCUUUCUAUACGCCGCUGCAAAAUUGUAUUCGCCUUCUUUGGCACUGCACGGAUUCCGCUGGUGCGCACGCCCCGUCAGAGUCGCCUCUUCGAGGCGUCUACGGCCUCCUUCCUCCUGCCGACUGCAUUUCAAACGGUGGUGGUGAUGCACUGUGGAGAGGGGGUCCGGAAGCUUUGUCAGCGUCCUUCAGCGAGGACGAGGAAAGUCAGCUUGCCUUCGAGUGCCACAGGGAACUUUUGCAGCAAGGCGUGGAGCCACCCUUUUCGAGGCUUCUUGGAGCUUCCCUGAGUACCCUAAGGAGCAUUUACGGGUCCGAAGAGGACGGAGAGGCGCCUAGGCCGCUCGAUCCACAGCGGAAGGCUCAGAGUUCAGCGAGGCAGGGGCCCUCUGGCCCCCAGCCGCUUGUUGCGCAGCACUUGAAACAGCAGCAGCAGCGGCGCCUUCUGCAGCAUCACAUAGCGGAAGAUUGUCUGGAUAUUCUUUCGCGCGGGUGGGCCCCUUCAGAUAGUUUGAGCGGGAGGGCCUCCCUGCGGAGCAGGGAAGAUUCCGGUGGCCCCCUCGCUGUAGGCUACCCUCCUCUAACAGCUAGCUCAUUAGGCCCCACGAUGCCUUUGCUGGUGUGCUCACUUGAGCAAAUGCUCGCCUCUUGGGGGCGGAAUUCGGGGGAAGACGCUAGCCAGGGGGUCCCUCUGCCCCCCGAACUGUGUAUAUCUGCCCUUUUUGCUGAGGGUAAAUUGCGGGCAGCGGCGGAGCGAGGCAGAUGA